AUGGAUUUCCCACAAGACCGCUACAACUACGAUUACAGCGACCAGAGCCCUGUCGAAACCAGCUAUCCCACCAGCAAGCCCCCGCUUCAGCGAAAGCCCGGAAGCAUGUGCAGAGGGUUCCCCGACAAAGAGGGCCAGACUGAUGGGGUGGAAUUGAGAGAGGUCGAUGGGAGUACACCCGGGCAGCAGGAUUUUAUACGAGGAGGUGGGCAUGAGCCAGGGCAGUCUCGGGUCUCGCGGUACUUCUCCGGUGCCCUUCAGGCUGAGUAUAGCCGGGGGCUGGAGGAUUAUCUGCGGUUUCCUGAUUCUUGA